UGUUCCCAUAAUGUCCGCCAGCGGUCGUCGCUUUUGUCGCAGCCGUUGCCAAAGUUGUCAUUGUCAUCCGUACAAAAAGCAGCAGCAGCAGCAGCAAUAUCCACAGCAGCAACAUCUACAGCAGCAACACUAGCAGCAA